AUGACCGCCAUCUGCUUCGUGUGCAACCUGCCGAUCCUGAGCCACCAGGUGGGGCUGGUAUGGCAGGGCGGCAACGGCUGGGACGACCUGGUGCGCGAGCAGGUGGAGGAGUCGACGCUGCGGCAGCGCCUGGGCGCCGGGCGCCGCGACUCGGCUGCGCAGAUCACCAGCAUCUCGCCGCCCACCGAGGUGCAGGAGACCUCGCCGCCCUCGACCGCACGCCGCCGCCGCAGCUCGCUCGCGCAGCUCACGGACAUCCUGCGCGACUGGGGCGGCUCCAAGGGCGCGCGCGGUAGCAAGAGCUCGCAGCUGUGUCGGCGCGAAACGCUCGCCGACCUGGCCAAGAGCCUGCCCUGGGGCCGCGCCGCCACCACCGACUCCUCCACAGCCGCCACGGUGCGCAAGCGGCGUGAGUCCUCGGCCGACCAGAGCCUCAAGAGCGCCAAGGGACGGCGCGACUCCACCGCCAUCUCCGACCUGCGCUCCGACCUGGCGCGCCUCUGGUCGGCGCGGCGCGAGUCCACCGUCAUAGGGACCAUCAUCACCGCGAGGGAGCCGUCCCAGCGACGCAGCUCCGGCGAGUCGGCCCGCAGCGGGCGGCGCGACUCGCUGACGGCGGGCGGGUCGCGGCGCGGGUCGGGCGAGUCGGCCCGUAGCGGGCGGCGGGACUCGCUGACUGCCGGAGCCACCUCGUCGCCGCCCAAGCUGCACCAUCACCACCACCACCACCACCACCACCAUCGCAGGCGGCGGGACUCGCGCACGGCAGAGCCGCCCUCCUACUACCUGCAGGAGCAGCGACCCUCGACCUCGUCUACGGCGUCGGACAGCGGGCCGUCGGCCGGCCGGGAGGCCAACCACCAGGCGCUGCCGCCGCCCACCAUAGUGAUGAGCUCCACCACGCCGCCGGCCACGUCGCCUUCAGGCUCUGCGGCCAUGGUGGUGCCAGUGCCGGCCGCCGGGGGGUCCACGUGCAGCACUGCCGCCGGCAGCACCGCGCCCCACGCGCUGGCGUCCACCCGGAGGGACUCCACCACGCAGACCCAGAAGCAGCGAGACAGCAUCGAGCCUCCACACGACGAGGAAGCCGCCAGGCAAGUUCAUGGUAGGACGAUGGGCAGUAGCACGCUCGGCUCUCACAGGCAGGUAUCACCAGUAGGGAGGAGGCGACGAACGGAAGAUCCCACGGAGACAUCUCUCGGCGAGGUGAAGCUGAAGAUCGCUGGUGGAAGUCGGGCACAGCAAGCAAGGGUGUACUACAAGGCGCGGCGCGACUCCAGCGGCAAGGAGCCCGCGCCGGGCAAGUACCCGCGCCUGCCGCGCCAGGCCACAGCCGUGGACGACGCCCUGCCGCCCGGGCCCUGGGGCCGCCGCGGCUCGCAGCCCACCCUCUCGCCCGACCCCGAGGACACACCGGGCCGCAAGGCGCGGCGAGACUCGCUGUCGCCCGACUCGGCGCGCCCCCGCCCCUCGCCGGACCGCGACCCCUCGCCGUCGCGCCGCGCGCGCCGCCUGCGCCGCCAGUCCACGUCCAUCGCGGGCGGCUACCGCGGCGCGCCGCGCUCGCCCGAGUCGUCCUCCACCUGCUCCUCGCGCGACCCGUCGCCCUGCGGCCGCGCCUGCGCGCCGCCUCACGCGCCCGCCAUCCGCCGCCAGUCCACCACCGAGGAGAUCCUUAUCGCGCGCGGCUUCCGGCGCCAGUCCACCACCGAGGAGAUGAUCCGCUGCCGCAACUUCCGCCGCCAGUCGUCGCAGUCCGACGAGACGGUGCGGUCGCGCGGCCGCCGCGACUCCAGUGCGCAGAUCACUGACGGCACCAUCGCGUCCAUGACCGUGGAGACGACCAGCACCUUCUUCGACACGAGCACGCAGACAGAGCCGUCGCCGCUGUACGACAACAACCACUACCACGAGGAAUGCCUGCGCUGCAACUCGUGCGGCCUGAACCUGACCGGGCCCAAUCAGAAGCGGGCGCGGCGCUUCAAGAACCAGAUCCUGUGUGACCUCCACUUCGCGGACGUGGCUCUCAUGGAAUGCUCCGACUUCAUGCAGCAGCUGCGCAGCUUCAAGCCGCAGAGCCUGGGGUGCGCUGUGGCGCGGCGCAAGAGCUCCACCACGCUCAUCUUCCCGCUGCCGCCGCAGGCCUGCUCGGACGAGUUCUGCGAGGAGUUCCCACACAACCUGAUCCCGACGCCCGGCUACUGGAUCGAGUGCUCGCGCCAGAAGAUCACCUGCGACACCAUCUGGGACGAGUCGGAGUCGGAGCACGAGUUGAACGAGGAGGAGGAGGAGGAGGAGGAGGGGGGCGGGGCGCGCGCGGACACGCCCCCACGGGCAGGUCGCCUGGAGGAGGACCUCUGCCUGCUGGAGGACGAGGAGGAGGAGGACCUGCCGCGCAAGAAGACGGCCAUAGAGGAGCAGUGGGAGAAGCACCAGGGCUUCGAGCUCACCUCGGUGGAGCAGGAGACCUACGAGAAGUACUUCUACAGCACGGAGCACUGGAACUACUUCACCAACGACGAGGAUCUGGGCCCUGUCAUUCUGAGCAUCAAGCAGGAGACCAUCAACGGCCGGGACCAGUUCAGGGCUGUGUUGCAGGAUCCUGGUGCGUGCCAUCAGCUACACGGUGCACGGCCUGAUCCCGGCGUCCUGCGUGUUCGCCGACCGCUACAACCGCGAGGAGGUGGUGCGCUCUCUCGGCAAGGAGGUGAACAUCAACCCGCCGCUGACGCUCGGCCAGCUGCCCGACACCCCGGAGGGAGGUGA